UUGGAAAUGACUUAAAGGAUCUGAGGAGUGACACUUUUGGGGGGGUUUCUUAAGAGGAAGUGUUGUUGUUGUUGGAGGACGAGGAAGAAGUGUGUGCUGGGGCUAAAAGGGAAACUGAACCACAUGGCACUUCAGGGCCAGGGUGUGUUUGUGUGUGUGUUGUGUAUUGUGUUGCCCAGGCAGGGAAUUCCCUGGGUUGGGAGGGCCCAGUGUGCAAAAAGGGGUGGCAUUCACCACAAAGCAGGAGGAGGAGGAAAAGGGCACCGAGUUCCUCCUGGAGGCCCAGCAGCUGGUGAGGAGGACCUGUGUGUGUGUGUGUGUCUGUGUUUGCACGUGUGCAUGUGGCAGAACACGUGUCUUGCAGGAAAGAGGGGCCUAGGAGGGUUAUUCACCAAAGCACCUUGCUGGAAACCUUGGAGAAAGCAGCUUCCCAGGGGGUUUUAGAAAGAGAGAAAAGGCAUGCAAAAGCCUUGGAAGUUGGCAGGGUGGGGAGAGGGUGGUGGUGAUGGUGGGGCAGCCCCCAGAGACUGGGAGGAGGAACAAAGGGACCCCUGGUUUGCUGACCCCUCCCCACAUUAUUCCCCAACCACCCAGACCUGGGGCUCCCAGGUGCUUCUUCUAUCUUUGCCUGCUUUGCAGAGGAGAGUUUGCUCCCAUCUGGACGCACUCUCCUCUCCUUCUCCUUCCUAGGCAUCCUCCUCAGAGGGCUGGGGGCGCUGCGUUUUGCUUGCAGCCAGGUUGUGCUGCGGAGUGUGUGUGUCUGUGUGUGUGUCUGUGUUUGUGUGGAAGGGAGAACCGGGGAGGCCCUGCUGAGGAAGCGAAAUCUGGGGAGGGGGUUUAGCGCCGGGUCAGGCUUGUCAGAGGAGGAGGACCCCAGACGCAGACAGCUUCCCUCCUCCUCUUCCUCCGCCGCCGCCGCCGCCGCCGCCAUCAGCUCCAGUAUGUGGAUUAACUGACCCCACUGGCAUGUUUAUGGAGCUGCUUUUGGCUUGUUCUCCAUUUCUUGGAAACUGUCUAUGACUGGAUGAGAAUGCCUCGAACAAAACAAAUAAAUCCUAGAAAUUUGAGAGACAAAAUUGAAGAAGCACAAAAAGAACUUAUUGAAACUGAAGAGCCACAAAAAGACAUCUCUGAGGCUGUUGCAAGAAGCAGUGGUGUAAAGCGUAAAAAGAUAAUAACUGGGAACCAUCAAACAAAAAUACCAAAAUCGCCUUUGAGAACCCCUAUUCGGGCAAAAUCCAAAAAAAAAGUAGAAGAACCUUCUUCUUCUUCGAAUAUUCUUCCUGAUACUUCAGAGCUCCUAAAAGAAGUACAUAGUUUGGGUACACAAAAUGGGAAGCAAACCAAGCAAAAUGAAGGGAUGCUUAGCAGUGAGGUAGCAAUUAAAACAUCCAGAUCUGAGACUUCACCACAUAGCAAGUUGUCUCUGUUACCUCAAUCCUUGGACUUGAAUAAAUGGCCAGUAGAAGACUACAGUUCAGCCCAACCAGCUAAAAAAGGCUCCACUAGCUCUUCAAGUACAACCAAGGUUGACAAUAAUGAAUGUAUUAACUUUGUUGAUUGUACUAAUUCAUCCUCCUGUACAAAUACUGCAUUUGAUGUCUUACUGAAAGCUAUGGAGCCUGAGUUAAACACCUUAGCACAAGAGUGCCCUUCGGGUGGGAUGCAAAUAGAACAACUGAGACCAAAUAAAACAGUAAGCGCCUCUUCUUCUCUUACAUCCAAUACAUCAAGUGUCCAAAGUCCUGCUGCUUUGCUGCAACAAGAAUUCAUAGCUGGAUCUCAGUUUUAUCCUUGCACUUCACAGACUGUGCAUGUAGCAACAUCAGGGAAGACUGAACAAGCACAGAUUCAUUCAGUUGCUCAGUCACAAGAGCAAGUUCUUACUAAAGUUGAGCAACAAAACCAACAAAUUACAGUGUGCCCCAGUUUUACUAAUUCACUGGUACAUCAGCCAAAUCAGGAAAAUCUCAAACUCCAGCAUAUAUACAGCAUAGCAGUAACUUCUUCAAUAAUCAACCCCCAAUCUUCUGUUACUCAGGCAUUUUCUCAAAACCAGCUAGUAGCAAAAUCAUCAUCUUUGUCAAUUCAUCCAUCUAGCUCCAACACCCAGUUACCUAUAGCUCCCUUGUACAAUUCAGCCCAGAUAGCUUCAGUCGUCAACCAUGGUGUAGAACAAAUAUGUAACCUUCUGAAAGUCCAGAAGCCUAAAAAAUUGGGGAAAUAUGUAUGUGAGUAUUGUAACAGGGCUUGUGCCAAGCCCAGUGUUCUCUUGAAGCACAUCCGCUCCCACACAGGAGAACGACCAUACCCUUGUGAGACUUGUGGAUUUUCCUUUAAGACCAAAAGCAAUCUGUACAAGCACAAAAAGUCUCAUGCCCAUGCUAUCAAACUUGGACUUGUCCUCCAGCCAGAUUCUAGUGAGUUGUUUAUCUCCCAUGAAUCAGACAAAGCACUUAGCAUCCAUUCAGAUGUGGAAGAAAGUGGUGACAGUGACGAUGAAGGAACAGCUGAUGAAAGGCAAGAUGAGCAAGCAUCAUUAGAACUGGAGUCUAAACCCAUAGUGAAAACCCUUUCUAAUUCUGACUCAUUGCACAAAGGUAGUCCCAUCCCACUAAGCAAUCCAGAAUAUGUAUUAGGUGACUCUUCAUUUCAGGACUCAGUGACACAAGCAAAGACAGCUUUGCCUAAAGUGAUAGUUUACCCUGUAAAUGUUUCACCUUUAAGAACUGAUAGCCCCAAAGUAGCAGACUCAGACUCCACAAUUUCUACAACACAACAACAGGGGGACCUGAAAGUCAAAAGUGUGAAACCAGAUUUAACACACACAGAUUUUGUAAGGGAAUCUGAUACUAAGCAGUCUCAGAGAACAGAAACAAGUGUUUCUGAGGAACAGCUUGUGCCAUCUGUAGGGACCGCAGUACAUGCACAGCUACAAAGGCAGCAAGCAACAGAUUGUUCUCAAGAUCAGCAAGGAAAAUGUCUCCUGAGUCCACGAAGUUUAGGUAGUACAGAUUCAGGCUACUUUUCACGUUCAGAAAGUGCAGAUCAGACCAUGAGUCCACCAGCUCCAUAUAUGAAGGGAUUGUCCACUUCUGAAAAAGACGCAAGUAAGAGUUGUGUGCCACGUAUGAGCAGUACUGUGGCAUCUGUUGUUCAAAUUGACAAAACACUGCUUUCAUCUGGCCAGAUGAGACCACCUCUAGCAACUAAAACUCUUGAAGAGCGCAUUUCAAAAUUAAUAUCUGAUAAUGAGGCUGUGGUGGAUGACAAACAGUUGGAUAGUGUGAAGCCACGGAGAACAUCCCUUUCAAGAAGAGGCAGUAUUGAUUCGCCUAAGUCCUACAUUUUUAAAGAUUCCUUCCAGUUUGACCUAAAACCAAUGGGUAGAAGAACUAGCUCAAGUUCUGAUAUACCAAAGUCUCCUUUUACACCAACUGAAAAGUCAAAACAAGUUUUUCUCCUGUCUGUACCAACCCUUGACUGUUUACCCAUAACAAGGAGCAAUUCUAUGCCUACUACUAGUUAUUCAGCUGUACCUACAAAUGUUAUACCACCCACCCAUGCCCUACGUGGAAGUCAGUCUUUUGAUGAUAAAAUUGGCUCUUUGUAUGAUGAUGUUUUUGUGCCAGGGCCUGCUGCUCCCCAAAUCCAAGGUGGACACCCCCGCACCCUUGUUCGCCAAACAGCAAUAGAAGAUUCUUCAGCUACUGAAGGACAUGUUUUUGGACCAGCACGCUCUGUAGAUGAAAGCUAUGGAAGCAAUGCAUCAAAUGAAUUCUUAAUGGCAAGAAGCAAGUCUUUAGUACAAGGAUCAAAUGUGGAUAAAAAUAAAAAGUCACAUCAAGGCCGAGGGACAAUGUUUGAGUGUGAAACCUGCAGAAACAGAUACAGGAAACUGGAAAACUUUGAGAAUCAUAAAAAGUUUUAUUGCUCAGAGUUGCAUGGACCAAAAACCAAGGCAGCUAUUAGAGACUCUGAACAUAAGACAGUUUUAAACAAUACACAACCACAAAUCCUUCACUAUAGAGUUGCCACUUCAACAGGUGUUUGGGAACAGACAUCUCAGAUCAGGAAAAGGCGGAAAAUGAAAAGUGUUGGUGAUGAUGAUGAUGAACCACCAACACAUGAUGCUAUUAGUUUGUCAAAGGACCCAGCAGAGUCAGAGUGUCAAAAUAAACUAGGAAAUGUGACCACUGUCUCGAAGCAUACUUCUGCUAUCCUAAAUUCUCAUAGCAUUUCACUUCAGAAAUUAGCACCAGAUGAACUGGAGACCCAAAGCACCAAGCAGACCAUGGAGCCAAAGAUGUUGUUGCAGGGAGCAAAACAGAUUGUUCCAGUUACACAGGAAAAAACUGAACAGAAAAGACAAGGGGCUGGGAUUUCAGUAAUACAGCACACAAACUCCUUAAGCAGACCCAGUUCUUUUGAAAAAUCAGAUUCUUUUGAAAGACUGUCUCCAGUUUCCUUUCAGGAUGCUAACAAAGCUGUAAAGCUCCAUUCCUUGAAUACCAUUAGAGUUCAAGAGGAAAAGCGUUCCCUCCUGAGUGCAUCCCACCCUCCUCAAGUCACAGACACAACAAGAGUUCAGCUUCAUGAACAUCAGCUUACCCCUAAUGAAAGGAAUGCCCCAAUACAACCACUAAGGCUUGUACGCCAACAUAACAUUCAAGUUCCUGAAAUUCUUGUCACAGAAGAACCAGAUAGAGACCAAGAAUGCCAAUGCAGUGAUCAGGAGAAGACAGAAAAAUUUAAUUGGCCCCAGCGUAGUGAAACACUAUCAAAGUUGCCCACAGAAAAGCUUCCACCCAAAAAGAAAAGAAUUCGCUUGGCUGAAAUAGAGCACUCUUCUGCUGAAUCAAGCUUUGAUUCAACCCUUUCCAGAAGUCUAAGUCGGGAGAGUAGUCUAUCACGUACGUCUAGUUUCUCGGCUUCUUUUGAUAAAGAUGAUGUCUCCAAGAAUGAGAGUGCUUCCAAAAUGGAACCUACUAAUAAAUCUCUGGAAUUCCUUGCAAUUCCUGCCAGUUCAAAUAUGCUCAAUGUGCCUGGCCCUCACUACAGAGAGAUGAGACGUGCUGCUUCUGAACAAAUUAAUUGUACUCAGCCAUCUAUGGAGAUUGCAGAUUACAGAAGCAAAUCUUUUGAUUGUGGGAGUGUAACUCUGCCAAAGCCCACUUCGCUUUCAGAGAUACCUGCUUCCAAACUGUCUUCUGGUAGUAGUGGUGCUGGACAUGUCCCUCUGUUAGAAAGGAGGAGGAGGGCCCUUGUAAGACAGAUAUCAUUAAAUAUCUCUCCUGAAAAGAAUCAGCCUGACAUCAUGUCAAAUUCUUCCUUUCAAACUGCUCCUGCAACAGAUAUUUCUACAGUGUCCUUUCAGAGGUUGCAGAGUUCUGAAAAUAUUUCUGAAGAAUUAUCUUCAGGUUCUCAUCACCUCCAGAUUUACACCAAACCUUUGCAUGAGUCUGUGAAAAGUAACAGUUCUUUUACCCAGUCUUGUAAUGAACAGUCUUUAAGUUCUGCUUUGAGUCAUCACAACCAGCAAGCUUUGCUUAAUCAGAAUUCUCAAGCACUCCAUAAAGGACCAGCACUUGGGACUCAGAAAGGUAGAAGCAUGGUUGCCAGCCAGCACAGUGUACAAGAUGAUUGUUUUGCUCCCAAAUACCAGCUUCAAAUUAAAACACUACAUGUAGGACAGCAAUACUCUCUAGGUCUUCCAGGCACAGCUGACAUAGAGCAAACUAGAACUUUAUUAGAGGUCAAUACAAAGCUAAAUGACAAUGUGUCCAAGCCAUAUGUGGCACAAACUUCACAACAAACUGCUACUGAUAGUAGUCACAUGUAUCAGAUUUCACCCUUUGUUGUCCCUGUACGCAUUCACAGUAAUAUUCCAUCUUAUGGCUUAGCUACUGUUGCUCCCCUUCCUCACAUUUUAGUAACCCAGGAUCACUCUCUUUGUAAAGCUAAUACUGUAUCUGUGCCAACAAUCAAUGAUCAAAUUCAUCUGCCAAAAUCCCACAAAGAUCAUCUCAGGUGUUUGCCAAGCUCACAGCCAACAUCUGUGUUUGAAAAUUUGAUUUGUGAAGCAGAAAGCAAAAGUCCAGCUGCACUGGGAUCCUUAAAUAUGCUUCAGAAAGUGCCAGUUGGCGGACUCUUCCCUCAACAGGAAGCCACAGCCUCGAGUAAACGUAUGCUCUCCCCAGCCAACAGUUUAGACAUUGCCAUGGAAAAGCAACAGAAGCGUGUUAAAGAUGAAAGUGGUGCUGCCUGCACAACAGGUGCUAUAUUGCUACAUCCACCAAACAUCAACGCUAGUGAGCCUAAUAAGCAAAAGAAACCACUCCUAGUGCGACAGAUCUGCACCACUGAGCUCCUUGAAAGUUCCUCAUCAGAUCAAGAUGACAAAGGCAGUGGAAUCAAAAAGUCAUCAGAUAUGUUGCUGCCUGGUUCAGCUGAAUCUGCUCAGUCUGGCAUUUCUUUAUUCAUAAAUGAACCUUUAGAACACAACCUACCAACCUCUGAAACUGUAGGUUUUGUAAUGAGAAAACCACUUGAACCUGCUGUGUUGAACAGUCAGACUUCAUUUUUAAAAGUUCUUGAUAACAGUCAAGAAAGCAUGUCCCUGGGAGUUAAUAAGGAAAAUAAGCAAUCCAGUAUGCAGAGCCAAGCAAAAUCUGGAACCACUGUGUCUGUUGUAAAUGUGGGUGACAUACAGCACCUGUCUUUUCCAAGCCUAAAUACAGCAACAAAUUUUACAUGGUGUUUCCUUUUAAGAAGGAAACCUGUGCAUCUGUUACAAAAUGAACAAAAGACUUCAGGUUAUUCUUCGUGGUCUGUCAGUCCUAACAAUCCCAAUCCACUUGGUUUGCCAACAAAAGUUGCUCUUUCUCUUCUGAAUUCAAAGCAGAAGGCUGGAAAAUUUUCUUAUACUCAAGCAAUAAGUACAAACUUUACAGCUGACAUACUGGUCUACUCAAGCAAGUGGAAGAACAACUUACUUAAGCGGGCAUUAGUUAAACAAAAAGCAGCAAGGGAACUGAGCAAUAAAGAAAACUCUGAAGUAAGCACUGAUCAAGAUAAUGAGAACUCAGCCAGAAGUGAGCCUCGAAGAGUUAAAAUAUUUGAUGGAGGGUACAAAUCAAAUGAAGAAUAUGUCUACGUUCGUGGGAGAGGAAGAGGAAAGUAUAUAUGUGAAGAGUGUGGAAUACGCUGUAAAAAGCCCAGUAUGUUGAAGAAACAUAUUCGCACACACACAGAUGUCCGCCCUUAUCACUGCAACUAUUGCAAUUUUUCCUUCAAGACUAAAGGAAACUUGACAAAACAUAUGAAGUCCAAGGCGCAUAGCAAGAAAUGCUUGGAUCUGGGAGUCUCAGUAGGAUUAAUAGAUGACCAGGAUAUAGAUGAAUAUGGUGAAAAGCAGCGAUUGGGUUAUGAUCGGUCUGGAUUUGAUGGAGAGGAUUCAGAUGGGCCAGAUGAUGAUGACAAUGACAAUGAAGAUGAUGAUGAAGACAGCCAAGCUGAAUCAGUUUUAUCUGCCACCCCCUCUGUUUCAGCCAGCCCCCAACACCACCCAUCUAGAAGUGUUUCUCAGGAGAUCUCAAGUGCUGAUGAAGAGAUUAGAAUUGCAGAUUGCUUUGCUGGAGUUCACACAGACUCUAUGGAUGGCCUGCCGAAAGCACUUCUCACAAAGAUGACAGUACUUAGUACCAUGCAGUCAGACUGCAGGAGCUCAGGGCCACCAGUUGCAGCUGUUCCUGGAGAAUCAGAUGAAGGAAACACACAAGGCACAACCAUAGGGCCUACCAAUUCCUCUGAAACUAUUCCGAAGUCUCCAUGCCAUCCAAUGUAUGUGGAUUAUCCAGAUACAGAAGAGGCAUUAAGGCAUUCUGCUACUGUGCCUACUAUAACUGCUUCAGAAACAUCCAAGAGCACAACUUCUACAACGAGAUUUUCCUCUCCACCUGUGGACCGGAGUACCCAAACUGCAAUAGUUAUUCCUACAGUGGCCUCGUCUUUCCCAGAGAUCCAAGAGCAGAAACAUGAGGGGCAUCAACCGCAGACCAUGAAAUCAGCAUCUCCCCAGACUCGCUUAUUUAGCCACCUCCCUUUGCACUCUCAGCAACAAACCAAGACCCCCUACGGGAUGGUUCCAGUGGGUGGGAUCCAUGUGGUACCUGCUGGUUUGGCCACCUACUCUACUUUUCUACCCUUUCAGGCUGGGCCAGUGCAGCUUACUAUUCCAGCUGUUAGCGUGAUCCACAGAACUACAAGUGCUCUUGGCGAUCCAACCUGUGCAGUCUCUGGCACUGGAAAUCAUCUGGGCGUUGCUGAAGUGAACAGUGUAGUCCCCUGUAUCCCAAUAGGCCAGAUUAAUGUGCCAGGCAUGCAGAGCCUGGGUGCAUCAACCCUGCAGCCUCUUCCAUCCCUGAGCAUGGAAGGAGUGAACGUCUUAGGCCUGACCAACACCAACAUUGCUCCGCAAAUACAUUCUUCAGGAUUAACACUAAAUGCUGUAGGGCUACAAGUAUUGACUGCUAACCCUUCCUCUCAGAGCAGUGCUAGCCCUCAAGCACACAUUCCAGGUCUGCAAAUAUUAAACAUAGCACUGCCGACUCUGAUCCCGUCGGUCAACCCUGUGACUGCAGAUGGACAAAGUGUUCCAGAGGCACCAGCUUCCAGCAACAAACCCUGCGAAACUUGCCCAGAUCACGGUCCUGGAAGUAUUGCCAGCAAUGACUCUGCUCAGAUCACCAGUGCUCUGUCUCCUCAGGGAGCACUUGCCAACCAGCGGUACAACAUUGAAAACCAAUCGGAACCUGCUCCUUUGAGUGAGCACCGACAACAUGAAAGCCCGGGUAAACUGGACACUGAAAAGCCUGACUUGAGUCAUACGAAACCAAAGUGCAAUAUUAAUUCUGUUCAGGUUGAACAGGCUUCUGCAUCAGAGCCUCCCAUGAAGGUGAAUUCUAAGAUUUUAUCCAAUUCCCCCAGAGAUCAGACUAUUUCUCUAGAUAGACAGAUGCAAAGGCGAAAAGGAUUGCCUGAAAGGCAGAAUACUGUGGAGUUUAGUGAUGGCAGCAGUGAUGAUGAGGACAGACUUGUAAUAGCAACCUAGGAUUAUGGGUUUUACGUUGGGUUGUGUGUGUGCGUGCGUGUGUGUGUUUUCCGUUUUGUGUGUAUGUGUGUGUUUUUUAAGUAACACUUACCAGGUUUCUUUGCAAACCUCCCUUUUACUUAAAGCACAUUUUUUUCUGACACAAACUCAUUAUUAAUCUUUGUGCAAUCAUGAACUCUUGACCAAUAAUUGUUGUUUCUUGUCAGCUCCGGCCAUUUUUUGUACAUGUUGUAUAGACUAUUGUGCCUUUUUUUCCCUUUUUUGGAGUUUUAUGUUUAGAAAAUUGUACAGAUUGUCAAAAUUAUAUCUUAUAUGUAUAUUAAAACCAAUUAGUUACUUGUGUUUCAUAAGCAAAAACAAAAUUUAAAAAAUUCUAUGUUGGAUGAAAUAAAUGAUUAAAUUAUAUGUUGCACUGUUAAAUGUAAAUUUUUAUGGCUGUGGGGCGACGUUUGUGUGUACAGACUGAAUAUGUACAACUCCAUAUUUAUUGUAUCCAUACUAGUCUUGGGGGAAAGGGUCUGUCCAUCUUUCUUGUGUACGACAUUAGCUUUACACUUUAAAAAAAAUCCAGUCUCUGUGUUAUUGAAAUAUUUCAGUAAAAUUUUUGUUUACUGACUUUACCACUGUUCAAGUUGUGCCUUCUUCGUGUAAAGGGAGCAAACAAGAAAGAGUUACUUCUCUUCCCUUCCACCCUUCUAUUAGUUUCUUAAGUGAACUUCAAAAACUAGUAGCAAACAGUGGUGUAAAACUUUUCCCAGUCUGGUACCUGCCAAAUAGAUUGAAUGUAGCCCCCAGAAUCCACCCAACAGCCCAACAUAUCUGAAGGGCUCCAGAUUAGGGAAAAGGCUGGUAUAAAGAAUAUUUCUAGUCAUGAAUUUUUUUCACUCUUCUUUUCAUAGAAGGUAGGUGUUGUUUUGUUUUUAAUUUUGACAAGGAACAAAUCAACUUUUUUUGCAGGAGGCAUAAGCCUCCUAAAUUUCUAACAAAAGGAUCUACUUUUUACCUAUUAUAAGUAAACUUCAUACUAUUUUUAUUGAAGCCGGUGUGUCACAAGAAAGCUUCUUUACAACUGUGACAACAAAAACCCUAUAGUUCCUGUUAACUUUUUUUUAAAAAAUGUCAUUCAGGCAUAAAGUCGUGUUUUAUUAAAUUAUUGUAUGGUUGAGAAAGGAAAAAAUAGCUUUUGUGUAUCUGUUUUUAUAGAAAAAGAAUUUGGUUUUUAACAGUAAUUGAAUAUCAUGUUGCAAUUGUCAUUUUUCUUCAGUUACUAAUUCUCUCAAACACUCUCUGUAGCUUCCAAAAUGGAUUUUAUAUUAGGUGACCUGAACAAUCUAGGUUUGAAUAUAUGUAGCUUUCCAAUGACUUUAUUUCCUUCAAUGUACGUCUUUAAAGAACAUGUGUAUUUCCUGUCUU